UUCACAUGUUUUGUUUAUUUUCAAACUUUCGCACCGCAUCAAAAACCGAGACAAUGUUCAAAAACCGCAAAUCCACCCUUCUGACGAAGAAAUCAUCGGAACUGACAACAAUCCGCGAAUCGGUAAGCGAUGCCGGCGCUGCCCCGAGCCAGAACAAAAUCCGCCGAUUGGACAGUGCCGCUUCUGCUGCCCCGGUGGAAAACAACGACGACGGCGACCCCUUCGGCAGCCAGUUCUCCGUUCCGGCUAGCCAGAUGAACAGCCAGCGGCGAUACCUUUCCCAGCGUAGCAACCUGCAGAAGUCGCAAAGCGCCCGAACUUCCCGCCGAAUGCCGACCAAUUAUUUCGAGAGUGUGUUGCUCAAGUGCCAACUGGAUCUUGACGAUCCCGGUGCCGUGGUGCUCCGCUGUGAACCGAUCGCUUUUGUGAGGGUGCUGAGAGGUAUGUUGAGGGGGAGCGGGGACUAUCCGAAAAACGUGAAAGAUUUCGUGCAUGGGUUGGUGCUGGCGAGUGGAAAUAGGGAUGGGUUCCGGAAGUUGCUGGAAUGCUGCCAGAUGCAGAGCCAGACGAGUGGGGAGGUCAAGCCGAUUCAGGAGAGCGUCAUGAAGAUGCUGCUGUGCGUGGAGUUCAUGCAGGAAGACUUGAUCCGGAUGCUGUUCGAGUAUGUGGAGCGGGUGGCAGAGGAAGAGGUUGGAGGGAACAUGAUAGGACUGGUCCUGUCGCAGAUCAAGUUCAUAGACCAUACAGCGCACGGGAGUCUGGUGUUCAACAAGUACUUUGAGGUGUUGGAACGGUCGAAGAAUGUGCAUUUGAUGAGGGAAGCUAUUGGGGCCCUGGAGGAUGUAAUUGAUGUACCCCAGCAGGAUAUGGCGUUCCGGAAGAUCCUGGAGUUGUUCCCGAGGCUGGAGGACUUGUUCACCGUGACGAACGUUACGGUGUUCUGCGAGAUGAGCUUGAGUGGGACAACACUCCGGAUGACCAGGCAGAAGAUGGUGGACUUCGUGGAGAACGGAUGUGGCGUGGAGAUCUAUCCACUUCUUAUCAGGUUCAUGCUCAAAUUCAACAGCAAUGGAAUCGAUGGCCUGCACGAGAAUAUCCGAGAGAUCCGACUGGUCGUGGACAGUCUCAUUCGGAGUGGCCACAACGCCGUUGAGAAGCAUCUGCGAGAAAUCUUCCAGAUAGUCUAUCAAGCCCUGACGGUAUCUGCAGUCCUGUACGAGGCGUGGGUGAAGUUCUGUCGCCUGUUGACCGACGAGGACUCGCAUAUGGCCAUGGAUCUCCUCGUACUUCUCAUGAUGCUGACCGUAAACGAGAUCAAGAGUUGUGCCAUUCAAAAGAUCCUCCUCAACAAGAUCAAGAAGAACCACCUGACCAUAUCACACAUGAAGACUCUAACCAAGGACUUCAGCGCCGUUCUGAAUGUCCACAUGGACUGCGUUUUAGACUUCGUGGAGUCCUGUCUCAAAGAGAAACAACCGGAGGUUUGCGAAUUCGGAGUGCUGUCGAUGAGUUACCUAUUCUCGGCCAACAACCUCAACAAUCGGAUGGUUCUGAACAAGUUGGUGGGCUUCAUGUGCGAAAUGGUGCUCAUCAACGAAGGCCAAAGGAAUGAUCACUUGAUCGCGACCUGCAUGAGUGCCCUGUCCAGCAUCUACGAAAGCUACCCGAACGACGUUCGGAACAACGCCCACAUUCUGCUGAAGAUUAUGGACAUUUCUAUGGACCUGAAUCUACAGCAGUAUCGUACAGCCGUUAGUCUCAUUUGCGAGACAAUUCAUGUCCCGGACAGACCCCUGAAUGACAACGAAACCUGGGACAGUCUAAACAUCGUGAUCAAGAAACAGCUGCUGAGCAACAAUAAAGUCGUCAAAAAGAAGGGAGUCAUCGGAGUGGUUCGGUUGAUCCGCCAUCUCCUAAAAACCUCCACCGGAAACGAGGAACUCCCGAACAGUUUCGAUUCCGAUCGAACCAUCGACACGGUCAGCGACAUCCCCACGGCAUCCGGGCGGGAAAUCGGCAAUAUGAUCAACCUACUGUUCACCUCUUCCAACGAGUCCUCGGAUAUCAUGGCUCUCUGCUACGACGAACUGGCGGAGAUGCUCCACGACUUCCAAUGCAAGUUUGGAAAACCGGAAAAAGCCUUCACCAUCUGGCUGUGCGACGUUCUUACGAACGAGUUCCAGAACUAUUUCAUUAUUGAAGAGGUCCCACAGGGGGACGUCGUCCAGUACUCCAAGAAACUGUGCAUCAAUGAUGCCGCGGAGCUGGAGAACACGAAUGCAGAGGCCUAUGCCAUAGCCGUCAACAUCACGGAGAACAUGCUGUCCUUCAACAGCCGGUACUCCACGAUGUGCUUCUUCCUGUCCAUGUUCAAACUGAUGAAGGCCCUACAACUGAUCCGCUACGAUGGAAACCUGGAGUCGAUCAACGCUCUGCUAGGCUGCGCUAUUGUCGUUCCAACCUUUUACGACGAACCCGACGAGAAGCAUCUCGUUGAAACCUACGAAGAAGACGUCUGCCGGCAGCUCUUGGACGCAUACUUCUACAUAGCUAACUGGUUCCGGGAGUUGAUCAACGCCUUCAUUCUACAGCCCGACAAGCUGAUCCACGGGAAAGUCCUGGAGAGAAUCACAGCGCUUGUUCAACUCGAACGUCGUCUAGCUGCUCUGCUCCGAACUGUGGACUUCGAUUACUUCCCCCCAGUUUGCGAUUUCUCCGCCGAUUCCCAAAAGAAGACCCUCCGGACAGCCAAGGAAUCAUCAUCCAAGCAGAACGUAACUCUCAACGCGACAACCAAAACACAGCUGGACUCAACGGCCAAGCCGCGAUCGUCGUCGGAAUCUCCGGAAUUCGACGGUGAAACGCUGUUUGUCCGGUAUCGGCGCGGGUUCAGAUACAUGGACAGCGAGGUGAUACAACUCUUCCGCGAGUCGUUGUUGUUGAGCCACACCCUGCCGAGUGAUAAAAUCGGAGAAUGCUUGGGCUUGAUCGAGUACCGUUUCUUGUUGGAAACGGUCGUAACAGAAAUUGAAGCAAAGACAGACUCCCGUCCCAAACUUAGGGAUCUGCUCGGAGUGUUUCCUUUUAUCGUUGAAAAUUACACCAAAAUCAACGUCAAACGGCGAGAACUUCACACUUCUACAGAUCAGGAGCUCCAAUCCGAGUUCAAGGCUUUGACCUGCUGCGCGAAUCUGUCCCUCCGACUGUUCACCGGUGCUCUCAUUUUGCUGAAAAACGCAAAACCUGAGCUUCGACAAAAAGCCUUAAAAUCCUUCGAAAAACUCGCCAGUGCUUCGGAUAAAAGCCACCAAAAUGAAGAAGACCGCAUCGAGCUGAUCCUGUCCACCGAACUAACCCAUAAAAAUGCAUUAAAAGAUCUCAACAACGCUCACUGCCUUUACAAAUUCGGCUGUGCCCUAAAUCUCGUCUACCCUACUCCAAACAACCCUUCGACAAUCGCAACCUUCUGCCAAAAGUUCAUCUGCUCUCACUUCGCGCCAAAAACCGGAACUGCCAUCCAGCUGUCCCAGCUACUCCAAGGCCUCUUCACCGUCGUCGACUUCCCGAAAAUCAAACGCCUCACCAAAGCCCUGGCCGACGAUCUCACCUCAUCCAAGUCCGACGAGAAGCUUUUCUCCGGCCUCCAGCGCUCCCAGUACGCCCUUCUCUUCAAGGAACUCACCAAGUCGUUUAUCAAAUGCGUCCAACUGGAGCUCCGCUCCCGACGCACCACCGUCCAGAAGUUCGUCCUCUGGGAACAGUCCUCCGAAAUCCUCAAGCAGUUCUCCGAAGUUUCCAAACACGCCGACAACUUCAAAAUCUACUCCUGCUACAUGAAGUACUCGCACACCUACCUCAAACUCUUCCAACAAAGCGGCCUCAAAACGAUGGAAGACAUCCUCAAGGUGUCGGCGGAUCGGGUAAGCCACCUUCUCAGCACACUUCAACACAGCACCCGCUACCUGCACAACAUCUGCUGCCACUCGAAGAACACCAAGGACAACAGCCUGGCGGCGCAGAUCCCGUUCAUUCGCGAAACCGUAGAAAACCUAAUCUACAGUGUGAAGGCCGUCCUGGCGGCGAACGAUUGCGCGUCGGUGUUCUGGAUGGGUAACCUCAAGAACAAGGACCUGAAGGGGGAUCUGAUCGUGUCGCAGCUGGAGAACGAGCUGGACCAGGAAAGCGAACCGGAGUCGGACAUUGCGGAUUUCCUGAGCGAGGAUGACGACGAUGGAGGAGAGGAUCGACCGAUUGCUGCGGGUGCACUGGAGAAAGGAGGAUCUGACGCCAAGACGUCGCAGAGCAAGUGCUUCUAGUGAUCGUAGAUAGAUUGUAAUUUAAGACAAAUUCCUGUUGUGUACAAAGUCGUAUCAAGAAAUCGUCAAAAUGUUCUACAAAAA